CUUUUUGAUUAUUGUCGUAGCUGAAGGAUUGCAAUGGCUCCUCCUCGCAAGCAGCGUGAGAAAAAGAAGGCUGUGACCAAUGAGGUCAUCACCAAGGAGUGCACAAUCCACAUGCACAAAAAAAUCCAUGGCAUUGGCUUCAAACAGAAGGCUCCCCGUGCCAUCAAAGAAAUUCGCAAGUUUGCUGAGAAGAUGAUGGGCACCCCUGAUGUGCGUGUUGACACCAGACUGAACAAGCACAUCUGGUCUCAGGGAAUCAGGCAUGUUCCCCACCGCCUGCGCGUGCGUCUGGCCCGCAAGCGUAACGAGGAUGAGGACUCCACCCACAGGCUCUACACUCUGGUUACACACGUUCCCUGUGAGGACUUCAAAGGCAAACAGACUUUGAACGUUGACAAUGAAUAAACAGUCCUUCAAGUAU